CUCAGAGUUGACGUAGAAAGGAAUUUUGGACGAUCUGCAGGACGUGACGGGACUGUCGGAAUUUCAAACGCUGGCAGGUCUGUUGGGAUUGGAGAGAGAAGACGCGUCUGAGCUUGCCUCAGAGGCUCGCGCUUUCACUGGGCCCCCGGAAUCCGAGGUCUCGGAAGGUCGUGAUGGUCCUUCCCAAUCUCGGGCGACAUCGGAGGGCAGUUCUGCCACGCACGAGACCCAUGAAGCCCCUCCGUCCAGCGAAGGAGUAUAACGAGGCAAAGGCUUCGGUCAAGGAUGCGAGUGCCGACGCCGAAGAAAGUGAGGCCUAUGCAAUGUCGUAAAGCUGCCCCUCGCGUGCGGCGCGCUGAAGAGAAGAGGAUCGAGAGCCAAUAUGGAGCGGAAACGAUUCAUCUACAAAACGGGAUGACUUUGAGACUCGCUCAGCUGCUCGAGCCCGCAUGUCAGGUCGUGCAGAAGAAUCAUCUAGAAGCAAUCGGGUUUCAGCCACAGAUGAUCAAUCGGUGAAGCGGAAGAGGCAUUAGAUGUGGAGGCAUUGUCUUAUUAUGGGUUUCUUUCUUCGUUUUUCCAUUGCUUCACUUGUACAAGUAUAAUUCAUCAUCAGUGAUGUUACGUGCAUACUAGCACAGUGGUC